CCGCUUCAAAACCUGUCGGUCUGCAUUCCAGUGCCGCCGCCGGUGAAGCCGCCAAGUCGGCCGCAGCGGCCCCGUCAUCAAGCGUCGGUCCCUCAAUUCCUCCUCGUCGUUUCUGCGCGUCUUCCGGAGCAGCGAUCGGAAACGCAUCGGAACGCGUCGUGCUCUCUCUCCGUUGAAAACGAACCGCGAGCGCGAACAUGAAGUAACGAGGAAACGAGAGACGAAGAAGCGUGGGGGCUCGUGACCGAUCACAAAGGAGCGUCGCCGGGCCGCAUCGCCUGGAAUCUUUUUUCCUCCCUUCCCUCCCCUCGGAGCGACGCGAGAACAACGUGUUGUGCCUGUUCCGAUUAUUGUAUAUUCACGAGGGACGAUUCUUCCCUGCUCUGCGUCGACUAGGUUCGCUCGGAUUGAGAAAAAGGAAUGUGUCAAGAUGACAUCUAUCUUCCCUUUAUCUGGCAUCAUCGUUAUCCUACUCUACGGUCCAACGCAUAUAUGCGGGGAGAGGCAAGAAUUGGGUAUGUCUUUUACCCGACAUCCGCAGCCUUUAGCCGCUCCAUUAAAUGACGAUGUAAAUUUCGAAUGCAGUCUCAAUCUCGGCGCGGAGCGUUUUGCGUGGCAUCACAGGCCCCUACAUUCGAACAAAUGGACACCGCUGUCGCAUCCCACGAACAGCAGCAGCAAAACAUCGCGACACGUUGUCAAUUUCGACAAGGAGUCAAAGGCCGGAGACUAUCGUUGUAUCGCAUUCUUUGGUACGAGUGGUUUAGCGUCGGAUCCAGCGAAAUUGACACUCGCGACGAUACAGAAAUUCUCCGAUAAAAACGAUGUUUUCAUCCAAGUGAUGGAAGGUAAUACCGUACCCAUCACGUGUCCUGUACCAUAUUCCGAACCGGAAGCUAUAGUGCAGUUUUACAAGAAUGGGAUGCUCAUCGAGGAUGCAAAUUUGGUGAACAGCAAAGUUAUGGUUAUUAAGAAUGUCAGAUUGGCGGACAGCGGAUCGUAUCAUUGCAGCGCGAACAAUUACAUAACGCAGCAGAUAUUUACCAGCAACUAUAAAACAAUUUUAACGGUACACGCAAACGCGACUUUUCAAGCUCCAUAUUUUAUCAAACAACCGCAAAGGGAAUACAUAGUUCCGCGUGGCAAAAAUAUUACGUUGGAAUGUUUCGCCGCCGGUUAUCCGGUGCCACGCAUCGUCUGGAGCCGUCUGGGCAGCUUUCUACCAUCGAAAUCGGUAAAAUCCUCCACCGGUCUGACGAUAGUCCACGUGCAGCCAUUCGAUCGCGGCGAAUAUGACUGCGUGUGGAGUAACGACGUCCAACAGAUCAAAUCUGCAAUCAUUUUGACGGUCGUAGAACCACCGAGAGUCAUAAGGCAACCAAAAGCAUCCACGUUUUCCGAAGGUGGUGUAUUAGAUCUCUCGUGUAACGUGACGGGCGAGCCAAAACCGAGCAUCGAAUGGCUCAUUAACGGGAAAUCCUUGGUAAAUGAUACGAAUCAGAAGAUUGAAGGCUCCACCCUUCACAUUAGCGAAGUUGAGAAGAAACAUGCCGGGAUUGUUCAGUGCGUCGCCAAUAAUAAAUACGGAUCGCACUCGGGAUAUAACUUAUUACGAGUCAACCCGAAGCAACAUGUUCUUGGUGGCACGACUGAGUCGAGACUGGAUUAUGAAGCUAUAAAGCAUAAACAUACCAAAGGCGGUGGUAGGCGUAGAAAUAAGGAAGGAAAAAAGAAGGGUGCAGUAGUUUUGGUACCUCCGAAUCAACCCAAUGUCACAAGAUUAUCUGAUAUCUCCGUCAUGGUACGAUGGUCGGUACCGGAAAACAACGGUUUGCCAAUACAAUUUUUCAAAGUUCAAUACCGAGAACUCGGUCCAAAAAUGAACGGCAAACAGGCAAAGUGGAUGACAGCUAAUUCCGAGAUACCGAAUCAUGUGCGAUCUUUCGAAGUGACUGACUUGCAACCUGACCAUACUUAUCGAUUUAGAAUCGCCGCGGUAUACUCGAAUAAUGAUAACAAAUUGAGCCCAAAUUCCGUUCGUUUUCAUCUUAAUAGAGAUACUGGCAUUGAAAGCAAUAAAAUGCCGAUACCUUUAUUGACCAAUACCGAAGCGUUGGGACCGCAUCAAGUAUUAUUGAUUUGGCAAAAUCUCGACAAAUCAGCCAAGAUUGACGGAUUCUACAUAUAUCAUCGGGCUUCUACCACAGCCGGCGAAUAUAUUAAAACCACUGUGGAAGGAAAAGAUGCCUACAACAUGACUAUCUCUCAUUUACAAUCUGAAACUGUCUAUGAAUUCAAGAUUCAGAGUUUUUCCGUAGAUGCAGCGUCAGAAUUUUCUCAAAUAUUACGACAGAAAACUGGAAAAAGCAUCCGGAUCGAAGAACAUCCAGUUCAGCAAGUGAUUGCGGAAAAUAAAUUGAGACCGAGCGAAAAUAAUAAGAAUGUUAGUAUAGAGAUUAUAAUCGGUGGAGUAUUUGGAGGAGCUGUCAUUUUAAUUGCUCUCGCUUUUGUAGCGGGGUGUUUGUAUAAAAGAGCAAAAUAUAAACAAAAUCAGGAAUCCCAAAGUGAAGGUAAACCGAUAACGAAUGGACGAGUAAUGAACGGUGGAGUUGCAGAUUCCAAAAUUAACAUUACAUCUAAUCCGCUUGCUGGUCUUGAUGCAUCCGAAGAUAUUAUGCAGCCUAAGAGCGGACAACAGUCGUCGAUGGAAAUGACGUCAUUUCUAAACGGCCAAAACAACAAUGGCAGCAACAAUGGACAUAACAACGGCGAUGCAGCUGGAUCUGACGUAAACGUCACGUCGCAUAGUGAGCCACCGUCUCUGCGCCAAGGGCCACUGCCUAUCGAACAACGUUUGUGAGAAUGUGUCGCAGCUAUAUCUCUGUUUUAUAGAGGGUAAGAUCGUGACUGGAGGACCUCGUGUUCAAAAAAACGGACCGCCAACAAUUGCACGAAUCUUUAACGAAUUUUAUUUUAUAAGAUGGAAAGAAUACAAGAUAUGACUUAUAUCAACACGAGUUAUAUCUCGAAAAACUUAACUUAUAGGCUGUAUUUAGCUAUAUUGCAAUGAAGAGACUGUUGCAAGACAUUUACAGGGUGUCUUAAGUAAUAAAUAUGCUCAAAUGUAUUGUUGCUGUAAAUUGAGAUUAAUUUGGUUUAAUUUUUGCAUGUAGAAAAAAAGAU